AUGGUAUCUGAAUCUCCUCGGCCUUUGGGCAUUGACGUCUCACGUUCCUCUAUGGAGUCGCCACCAGCCAUUGCCGCCUUGUUCGUCAUCAGCUUUGACAUAAGGGCCGGAUAUGUGGUUUCGUGGAAGCGAACUACGCCGGGAGUUGAGGUUGAAGGGGUCGUGGAAUACAAAUCACUGCCCUCUGGGCUGCACAAUGUAACAGAGGAUCUGGUGUACUUUGUCCAUGAACAGUAUGCCGGUAUCAGCGCGUUCCUCAAUCAUCCCGCCACGGAGGCCGAACGAAAUGCAAAGAUGUUUGCAAUCGGGGUUCUGGUGCCUCUCAGCACCGGAAGACUUGGGAAGAGCUGGCGACAUGCUCCAAGGCUCAAGGAACUCACGCUGAAAUACGCCGAGAACAUGUCGGACAUGCAGCAUCUAUGUGAUUAUUGGGACACAUAUAGGAUAGGAGGGACCGAUUCUUCAGCGCCUGAAUCCCCCCUCGACUCACCUCUUAGUCUUCGUUUCCGACCCAGCGAGCGACCAGAUCACUCGAGUCGCAACCGCGCCUUCAGCGAUGCGAUAGUACUAGAAACGUUUAGGCCUGCCCUGACGCCCUUCCACCCCGCUUCAUCACUUCCAAAUUUCACAGAGUGCUUCGGACCUUUGAUCUUCCCCCUUUACAGAGCAGCUUUGCUGCGCAAGCGCAUUCUCUUCAUGGGCGAGGCUCCUGUUCACACAUCUUGCAACUAUGUAUACGAUCUUUCUCUCUUAGCCUCAUUGCCAAACUCCCUCCUCCAGCUCCUCCCCAACGAUCGCAUGCCCCCUCUACGCCCUCGCCCCCUCUUUAACGUCGGCAUCCAUGAUAUCCCCUAUCUCUCCUCCUUGGAUCCAUCGCGCAGCAUCAUAGACCUUGAAACAGACCCUAGCUGGAUCGCCUGCUCCACUGACACCGUCUUAACCAUGAAACCUGACCUCUUCGACGUCCUUAUUACUCUCCCCGCACCAUACUCACAACAAACCGCGGAGCGAGCAUUUCCCAAAAUAUCCAUAGUCCACAGCACAGGCGGCAAACCCAACCAAGCCCAACAAAUUCAGCUAAAAGCAACCCAGCGCGACGCCCGUCGCUACGCUAUGCUCCGCCGCGGACUCCGCCAAUUCUCCAACGACCGCCCCACAUCCCCAGACCUAGACCAAGACCGUUCAGAUACAGACUCGACCUAUUCCUCCAGCCCUGUCGUCGAGCCCCUCUCCUGGACCCGCCUAGCCUACACCUCUUUUAUAUGGUGGGCCUCGGCCGGCGAGAACCGCGACGGUCUAUCAGAGGAAGAGGAAGAACAGCAGAUAGAGCAAGACUCUCGCCUUCUGGCAAGCGUCGAGAGCCUCGCCCAUCCCCCAUACAACCCCAACUCCAGCCCCAGCCAAGCCCGCAACCCCCAUGAAGACCAGCAGCCGCGCGAAGUCGCGUUGGUUGCGUACUUCCGUCGCCUGACGUCGCAGAUAUUCGUUACGUUAGCUGGCGCUAUCGCGCGCUAUGAUAACGACCUCGACGGUGCAUAUAAUGAUGCCCCAUAUAUUGACGAAGAUGAUGAUGCCGAGGCUUCGCUCUCCAUGUCCCGCGAGUCCUUCCACGGCGAUGAUGGGAGUUCGCCUUUACUUCGCCAGCGGUCGAGCGUGAGCGGGUCUCCUAGUCAUGGGUCAAGAGUUGGUCACCGCGACGCUGGUGCCAACGACGCAGUUACGAUUACAGUGGCGGAUAUGGCGGAGAUGGGGCUUGAUGUGUGGAGUGCGACGGACCGGGUCUUUGUUGAGGAGCUAGUUUCUUUGUGGUGGGGUCGUAGUGCGAAAGUUGAUAGUGCGAGGAUUAGGUGUUGUGGGAUCUCGGUUUUAUAG